CUGGUAGUUGAAUGACCGCACGCGCCACCGUAAUGGCAGACCACCACCAGCAGCAGCAACCCCCGUCUUCCGCCUGCACCAACUGCGCUACCGAGCGCGCCGUCGCCUACUGCUCCGCCGACGGCGCCAGGCUCUGCCUCGAGUGCGACUGCGCCGUGCACCGCGUCAGCCCGCUCACGGCCCUCCACCCGCGCGCCCCCCUGUGCGACGCCUGCGGCGUCGCCCGCGCCGCGAUCCGGUGCCAGAUCGCCGGCGCCCGGGCCACGCUCUGCGGCGGCUGCGCCGGCUGCCUGGCCACGCCGGACGGCGCCUCCAUCGUGGAGGAGUACACCGGAUGCCCCACGCCCGCCGAGAUCCUCCACAUCCUCUCCGUCGAGGCGCCGUCGUCGCAGGAGGACUUCGACGCCUGGCUCGCCGAAAAGCUGCCCCAAAUCAUGCAGGACGUUCAGAUGAAGUGGUAUGCGGUGUAUAGAGGUAGAUGUACAGGAGUCUAUAAUUCAUGGUCAGAAUGCAAUGAACAAGUGUUUUGUUACGAAGGCAGCUCUCAUGACUCGUUCGACAGCAGAGAGAAGGCAGAAUAUCAUUACAAUCAGUAUGUGCUUAAUCAGAAGAGAAAAACUGAAUUAGGCAAUGGUGCAAGCCAGAAAAGGAUUAUUGGGUUUAGUGGAUUGAAGAACUUGAUAAUUCUCUUUCAGUUCAUCAUAAUUGUGCUAUUGCUUUUAUUAUGUGGUCGCAUGUAGACAUGCGUUGACCAUUUUGUUGUUUAGUAAGUAGGCACUUGCACUAAAGAGCUACUUUGUGAUUUCAAAUGAAGCUUGUGUGAACUAUUUAUAUAAUGCUUAUGUGAGUUUGUUGUUGAA